GCUAAUGUGUUAACGUCAAACUCUAUUUGUGUCUUGUCAUUUUUUAAUUUUCCUUCGUCAUUUGCGUGAAGUACGCUGAAUUAAAUAAACAAUUUUUAAGAGUUCGAAAUAUAGUAAAAAUGUUCAACGGUGGUAAUAGUGCGUUUCCAACAGAAUUUUGGCAGAAUGGUCCAUCACCAGGAAGUUUUUAUAAUUUCACUAGUGGUGGAGUUGCACAAACAAUGCCGGCAGACAUUGGUAAACAGCAUUCAUUCACACCAGCUACAACUGGCACAUCGGUAGUCGGUAUUAAAUAUGAAAAUGGUGUACUUAUUGCUGCAGAUACACUGGUUUCAUAUGGCAAUUUGGCACGUUUCACAGACGUCGAACGUGUCUUCAAAGUAAAUGAUUUUACCAUUAUUGGCACUGGUGGUGAUUAUGCCGAUUUUCAAAAUCUCCAACAAAGUAUAAAUCAAAAAGUUGUUGAGGAUAUGUGCAGCGGUGACAAAUUGCAAAUGAAACCAAAAUCAUUGUAUAAUUGGCUAACACGAGUUUUGUACAAUCGUCGCAGUCGUAUGAAUCCUUUAUUCCUUAAUAUGGUUGUCGGCGGAAUGGAAAAUGGUAAACCAUUUCUAGGUCACAUCGACUUACGUGGUAGUGCUUACGAAUCUGAGGUUAUUGCAACUGGAUUUGGACAACACUUAGCAUUACCACUCAUACGCGAAGCUCUGCAACCUGGUAAACCUAUUUCAGAACAACAAGCUUUCGAAUUGUUGCAUAAAGUAAUGGAGGUGUUGUAUUAUCGUGACUGCCGUGCACAUCCAAAAUAUACUGUUGCUGUUUGUACAGAGGCCGGUACUGAAAUUAAGGGACCAUUCCGUGUUGAUGAGAAUUGGGCUCUUGCCUCUCUAAUUGAAGGUUAUUAGUUAGCGUCGUUGCUUAUUAAUUUUAUAAAAACUAAAUUUUAAUAAAAAUAUAAGAUAGCUUUCACAAUAAAAUACCAUGGAAAAUGGAGCAUUGAAA